CAGAAAAGAGGAAGAAGCGAUGUAGCAAAUACAAAAAAAUCAGGAAGUCAAAGCACUUUGACUGUGUUUCACGUCAACUACCAUGAGACUACCGACCCUAUUUAUUCUUUUCUUUAAAGCAUUACAAGUUGUACAGACAGAAGCAGUAGAUAAAUCACCUCCAAAAGUCUCUGGGUACCUUGGAGAAAACAUCACAUUGCCCUCAGGAGUCGACCCAUCGUGGAGUCUCAUCAAAAUUGAGUGGUCAAUAUUCACCAACAUCACUUUGAUUGCCACUUAUCGCAAUGGGAAAAUAAACACUGAUCGUGUCCCUCAGUACACAGGGAGACUCACUCUUAACACAACAUCAGGUGACCUAACAAUUCACAACUUGAAGGAACGUGAUGCCAUUGAAUACACUGUAGAAGUCUUCAACAGUGAGGGUAAACGCAAAACGAAUCAGAUCAAAAUUACGGCAAAACAAAAGCUCCAGCAGCCAUCCAUCCAGAUAGUCACGAGUACAUCUGUAGAAAGUGGCUGUUUAAUGGUGGUGAACUGCUCUUCUCUGGAUAAGGGUGUUAACCUCUCCUGGGGUGUUGAACCAGCCAGUGUGCUCACCAUCAACAAGAGUCAUCCCAGUGACAGCUCUGCACAGCUUUUUGCAUUUGUCAACACCAAAGAGAACUUUGCCAGUUUUACCUGCAUCUCCAGCAGAGAUACAGAGAGUGUUUCAUCCAAACCUGUCACACCAAAGUGUGAGAGUAAGAUCUGUGAUUCAAAUUGUACGACUCCACCUUCACCCACAACAGAGACACAGUACUGUGCUGGAAAAAUUGUUAUUUGGGUCUUUGCCACUUUUGGAAUAUGUGGCAUCAUAUUUUAUAUGAUUUAUCGUUAUCGAGUGCAAUCAUACAGCCCGCAGGGUGACUUGUCAUGUAUAACUCAGACUGUUGUUACUCUGGUACAACGAAGACGAGGAGCGCAAAGAAGAACUGACAAUCCUGGAGAGGCUUUACAAAACCAGGAAGACCAAGUAAACCUCCAGAUCCAGGAGGCAAUAAGUGAAAAUGAUGUUAGCUCUCGAUGUCCAGCAUCAGCUGUGGCAGUUCAAAGACAGACAGAGGAAGAGCAGAAAAGAAAUCAGAAUGAAGACAGCAACAAAAGAGCAAGUCAGCAAAAAGAAACAAUUCAACACAAGGAGGAGAACAGAGAGCUUGAACAAGAGCAUGAAGAACAAGUUUCAAGAAUGUCACAACAGCCUCAACAAGAAUUCCUGAAUGAGUGCGAAGACAUGACUGAAGACAAAUGGCAGACAACCAUCGUAUUCGAUUGAAUGCAUUCUGACAUAAUCUUCAGGCGAUGGACUCAGUAUAAUGAAUACAUCAGUUAUUUAACUGAUAAAGUUAAAAAAUGAAGUGUCAUAACUUAGACAUGUUGAUCGUUACUCACUGUUUUCACUGUAUAGGUGUUCAGGAUUCUUAAAUUAUCUCAAAUAUAGGUUUGAAGGUAAUUAUGUGUUUUUUCUGCCUUUUUAAAAUAUUUCAUUAUCUCAAAUGUAAAUCUCUCCCUCUCUCUCUAUUUUUUGCUAUUACAUGUACAGAUGUAAGAUAUAAUUACAGCAAUCCAGUACUGUCCAGAUUAUUUCAGUUUACACUG